AUGGCGGUGGAGAUGGAAGAUCUCAAAUGGCAUGUCAAAAGGAAAGGUGUUGCCGGAGUGGGAGACCACAAGGAUGAUGCGGCGGCAUCCACCGCGAAGACAACUCCGGUGGUAAUAGACAAGAGGUCAGCUGGCAAGGUGCAUGCGGUCGAACAGGAGACUAACCGUCCAAAUGACCGCGCCGAGGAAUCUGAUCGAGGGUCGAAUCGUCAAAAUCGGGGAAGGGGACGUCGGAAUGACCGAGAUGAAUACCCAUACGAUCACGUAGCUGAUGCCAAUAGAACGUUGAAAGCUCAGUCAGGCAUCACCACGCUCUUUAAGAUUCCAAUCUAUCGCAUACAUAGUGAAAUUCGUGACGAGGAUUACGUCGGAUUUCCUGCUAAGUUAGGUGACGCACAAAAGGGCUUCAAUCCGCGAUACCGCUGCACGUAUCACUGGGAGCGAGGACACCAGACAGAGGACUGUUUGCCUCUGAAGCAACACUUUGAGGAGUUAGUCGCAGCCGGCCACUUAGAUCUUUACAUAGAUGGGGGUGUUAAGGCUGCACAUUCUGCCCCGGCUGAUCCGCAUGGACCGAAUGACUUGGAGGCGCCGCCUCAAGAAGUGGUUAACGUGAUCCACAACAUAGUGGAGCCGGCGCAUGUAUGCGAGCUCCGAGGAAUGAUCAAAAAGGCGAAACAUAUGAGGGAAGUUCUGUCAGUCCAGCCUGCGGUCAAAAGGGGGAAGACCGAUGAAAAAGACGUGAUUAGCUUCUCCACAAGGGACCUAGAGUGCAUUCAAACGCCACACAACGACGCCCUAGUGGUCACCCUCCACGUCAAAGAGUUCGAUGUCAAACACAUCUUGAUAGACCAAGGAAGCUCGGUUGAAAUUAUGUACUACGACGCAUUCAAACAACUCAAACUCCAACACACAGACUUGGCUCUAGCAACUUCGCCACUGCCAGUCAUUCAGAGAACAAGGAGAUCAGCUCUUCAUCAUGCCGAGGUAGUCGCGGAGGAGGUAAGGAACUUGCUUGAAGCGCGGGAUAUUUAG